AUGGCUACCAACUCCCAGUAUUCGAACAGGUGGACUGAGCAGCGGGGGACAAGGCCUGCUAGAAUCGCCAAUUGUUCCGGUUACAAAGCUGACCCCGGUUAUCACAUGAGAUUGCAAGCGGAAUUGGGUGAUGUAGACUAUAUCACAGGCGACUACCUCGCUGAGGUGAACAUUGCAGAGAAUGCACAAGCGCACGCUGCAGGCCAACAUCCCGGUUGGGAGCAGACAGCCUGGGACGGUAUAGAGCAGACAAUUGAUCUGCUCAACGAGAAACGUAUCAAAGUAAUUGUGAAUGGUGGCGCACAUAACCCACAAGGCCUUGCAGAGAAGGUCCACGAGCUGGUUGUUUCAAAGGGAUACAAUCUUAAAGUUGCAUAUGUCCUUGGUGACAACCUCAUUGAGGAAAUGCGUGAUAUCAAGUCCAAGGGACUACCCGCCCACCUCGACAGUGCCAAUGACGGAGUGCGUUACGCAGAGCACACUCUUGAUCUCCUGGAGAAAGAGAAUAAGCCAAUCGUCAGUGCGAAUGCCUAUCUUGGAGCUCGAGAGAUUGUCAAGGGACUCGAAAAUGGUGCCGAUAUUAUCAUCGCGGGCAGAGUUGCCGAUGCUAGUCCUGUCAUUGGAGCAGCAUGGUUCUGGCACUCAUGGUCCGACACUGAUUUUGAUGAACUUGCCGGUGCGCUCAUUGCAGGUCAUUUGAUCGAAUGCAGUGGGUACGUCACGGGAUCAAACUUCGCGGGCUUCUACGAGUAUCCAUACGAAGACCUCUUCGAUAUCACAUUCGGCAUUGCUGAAGUGGAAAGGGAUGGCACUUGCGUCGUCACCAAGCAUGAGGGUAAGAAGGGUUUCGUCACCGAAGACACGGUCAAGUGCCAGUUCCUGUACGAACUACAGGGCAACGAGUACUUGAACAGUGACGUAAAGGCCAUUCUAGACGGUGUCAAAGUUGAGCAGGUGGGCAAAAAUCGUGUCCGCCUCUGGGGCAUCAAGGGUCGUCCACCACCACCGACGACCAAACUAGCCAUCUUUUAUGCAGCAGGCUUCCAGUCUGAGAUAGUUGUGAACGCAACCGGCUAUGGCACAAAUGAGAAGUUCGAAUUGUAUGAGCGCAUGAUGAAGUUCGGCCUCAAACGAUUAGGUCUCUUGGACAAGUUUGAUGUUCUUGAGUUCCAGAGAAUUGGCAUCCCCGAGCCUAAUCCCCGGUCUCAGCUCCGCAGUACCUCGUACCUCCGGAUCUUCGCUGAGGCCUCGGACGCCGCAGUCAACCUUGGCCUGGCCUCCCUCCUUGGAGAGUUCGCCAUGCAGCACUACUCCGGCUUCCAUUCUACGAUGGACCACCGCACCGCCGUCCCCAAACCUUACCUCUCCUACUACCCCGCCAUAUAUCCCCAAUCCUCUCUCAAGACCUCCAUCAACCUCCUCGGACCCAACAACACCCUGACCUCCAUCCCCACAACCCCACCGACGAAGACCGAAGCACUCACCAAACGCCCGACCUACGAGACCGCUAACCCAGCAAUCCUCACAUCUUUCGGUCCCACUGCGAAAGCUCGCCUAGGAGACGUCGUGCUCGCUCGAUCAGGCGACAAGGGCGCGAACGCCAACAUCGGUUUCUUCGUCCCAACCGCCCUGCCAUCCUCCUAUCCAUCUUCAUCUCCACUCUACGAGGAAACAUGGGACUGGCUUCGCUCCUAUCUCACUGUUGCCAAGCUGCAGGAAAUGUUCGCUGACUCCUGGAACCCGGACUUCUUCGUCGAAAGAGUCGAGUUUCCGGGUAUCAAGGCAGUGCAUUUCGUUGUUUACGGUGUCUUGGGAAGAGGUGUCAGUGGGUCGAGUAGACUGGAUGCUUUCGCGAAGGGGAUGGGCGAUUGGCUUAGAGAUUGUGUCGUCGAUGUACCAGUUAAGUUCUUAGAGGGCAGAGGGAAGACCGGUGCAGCUAAGGCCUCGUUGUGA